AUGCAUCCGAGUACGAGCACCACCUCCACACCCUUUUCAGUGAAGGAUAUUCUAAAGCUGGAGCACCAUGAUGAUUUUGAAAAUGAAUUCCUGACGUCUGAUCAAGUUGUUCCGAUGCAGUAUCAGCACGCGCAGAAUGUCCGGACCAGGAGCUUGUAUGAGUGCGCACAGACUGAGCCGUGCGCGUCCGAGGCGCAGGAGAAGCUCGAGACUCAGAGCUCAGCAGAGGAGGAGAUGAAUGAACAUGCUCUCAGUGGUCCUGACUCUUCCCCUGGCUGCAGCAGAGACUCCACUCUCGGCUCCAGGCUGCGCAGGAAGCCCCGCGUCCUCUUCUCCCAGUCUCAGGUGUCCGAGCUGGAGCGGCGCUUCCGACAGCAGCGCUACCUGUCCGCUCCGGAGAGAGAUCACCUGGCCUGCAUGCUCAGACUCACCUCCACACAGGUGAAGAUCUGGUUCCAGAACAGGAGGUACAAAUGUAAGCGGCAGAGGCAGGACCAGUCCUUGGAGCUGGCGGGGUUUCCUCCUCCCGCAGCGAGGAGGGUGGCGGUGCCGGUGCUGGUGCGGGAGGGCCAGCUGUGCGGGGCAACUUCAUCUCCGUUUAAUGUGACUGUGGGACAUUUUAACCCCGUGUUUGGGUACGGAAACGGCAGCAGCGUGUAUAGUUAUCACAGCAUGUCUCCUGCUGCUCAGAUGAACAACAGUAAACAGCUGCUGGAGUUUACAUGUGACAGCGAGGGGCCUUUGACCCACGGACACUUCCAGACUUCACCACAGAGUGUCAGAGGAUGGUGAACACCUGCAGCAGCAGCCUGUUAGCCUGUAAGCUAG